AUGUUUAACUCUCCCUGGGCCUGUCCCGCGUUAUGCUCGCAAGUGCCUAACUCGCAAAAUUACACAGUCACGGAUCUCGACGAAACGAAGAAAGCCGCGUACUUGCUGAGUUAUGACGAUGUCAACGCCUACAAAUCCGCCAUCGAGCACGAAACCAACCUCAUCCUCCCCCCCCUCCCGGCAUCUUUUUCAUUCCCCCCCAACACCGAAUUCCCACUACCAACAAGACGCAUCACCUCCAGAAGCGCACUCAAACGCUUCUGGUCAUCAACACUCAACCCACCCUCCGCCCGUACCGUGGAUGAGACCACCUACGCUAACACCGACCUCGCGAAAGCUAUGGAACUACUCCAAACACCAGGCGCGACCUUCGUCGCGAUCGACGUCGAAUCAUUCGAACACAACCACGACAAACUCCUCGAAUUCGGGAUCUCCACCGCACGCGUACCACCCGCCCAAACACCCAUCACGCACUCCACCGAACAUUAUCGGGUACAAGAAACACUAUCUCUACGGAACGGCCGUUACGUCCCCGAUAACUCCCACAAAUUCAAUUUUGGGCGUACCGAGGUCUUACCCUUGCGCGAAAUCAUCCGUCGAAUCGAUCACCUCUUCCAAGAUCCCAAUGUCGUAUUCGUCGCGCACGAUGCCAGGGGCGACAUAAAAUAUCUCCGGGACGCUGGGUCACGACUCGAUGCCCAGAAAGUCUUGGUGUUGGAUACACAGAGGGUUUGGACGGCGUUGGCGAGGGUGCGCGAGGUGGCGAGCGAUGGGGGUGCAGGGGGAAACAGUGGACAACGCUCUUUGAAAGCUUUGUGUGCGGAGAUUGGGGUGGAGAAUGUCAGGGAUUUACAUAAUGCGGGGAAUGAUGCGGAGUAUACGAUGCAGGUGUUUCUACGGAUGGCGCAGGCGGGGAUCGAGGCCACGUCCAAGCCGGCGAUGUUGUGUGAUUGGAUACGUGAGGAUGGGUUACGCUACAACGCGUUGAACGCGCGCGCUGUUGUCGCUUCCACUUCGCAGACUUCGCAGGGUGGGUCGGGACGGCGGGGCGGCGAGAAGGUGAAUGAGGAGAUACCGGCGAGGGAAACUACGCGCCCGUUCUCGAGCAUACCAGGAAUUCCGUCUCAACCGAUGGACAGGAACGUGUACGGGAGUUACCAGCACUCGCAGAUGGGUGGGUCGAGAGGGAUUCACACGAGACCGAUGAGGGGAAGGGGCGAUAGAAUCGUUGCAAAGGGAAAGGAUCCAGAGAGCAACGGUAUGGUUGAUAUACCUUCCACCACAUUACCUUUACCGCAGCUGGAGAACACGAAAUGGGAACGAAGGCCGCCACUAUCCAACACUGUCAGUAAUUAUCCCUUGUCAGACCGCCUAACGAGCUGCAGAGGGGACCUUCUCGACGUCCUCGACCGGGAACUACCUCGCCAGCCGACACCGCCCCGAACCGAUGACACGUUCGUGAUUGCUCCCGAUAUCGUGUCUGUCAUGGACUCGAUGCCUGUUCCGCAAUCUGCCGCCGCUGGAGCAGAUAGGUUGACCAGCUUUGAGGGCAAGCUGUCGGAGCUGUUAGAGAUGGAGUUACCAAAGUCGCCGCGAAGGGCUCGCAAGUUUUGGAAAACCAGACAGGAGAAACAGGAGGAAAUGUCCGCUCCCGGGGCAGAUCGGUUGACGCGUGUCCAGGGUGAAUUACCGGAGUUCUUGAAGAGGGAGUUGGGGAAGUAA